AUGUUUCACCACCGUUCCCGGGUUCUAGUGCUGUACUUCGCCUUGGGAGCAGUGCUUCAGUUACAAACCAUCGGUGCCAAUCCGACAAUCGGUGGAAAUGGUGCACUGUUUGCGGCUUCGAUCACACGCGCUCUCGUGCCCCCGAGAAGGGAUGCACUCCUACUAGGAUCACCCUCGAGGGUGUACGGAGGUGUGCUGGCGACACAACAACCGGAAAUUAUUGUGAACCGUGGCCCAACAACGAGCGUUCCUCCACAGCGCGAUAGUGACGUUAGUUCGGGACCAUCCCGGGGAUACAAUUAUGAUCCUCCCAGUGGCGGAUAUCUUCCACCGGACUCGUUGAUCCCACCUUUCGCUGAUGAACCACAGCCACCCUCGAUUGGGAGCAGUUAUUUACCACCGCAAGCACCGCAACAGGACAUUCCGGCAGCUGAUGAACCCGUUUAUGAGUCUCCUGUCGGCGAGUAUCUUCCACCGCCGGAAGAACAACCGCCACAACGGGAUGAGCCACCAGUGUUUGUGGUCUCGACGCCUCCGUCUCCCCAGGAUGUUGGCUACAAUUACAAUGUUCCAACGACCACCACAACCACCUUCGUGCCACCGUUUGCCGAUGAGGGCGUUCCGGAGGUGAACGAUACCGGUGAAGGAGGAUAUCGGUACGAUCCUCCGGCCAGUAUUUAUCUUCCUGCUGGCACCUCAGUUGGCCGCUCACUACUCCGCGAUGAUGUACCUGGGGAUGGUGCAUCAUCCGGACGUCCAUCACCCAUCCGGUUGCAGCUCAACGAACUGUCCUGUCUCCGUAACAGUGGAGGUUUCUUCCGUGCAUCGCUCACACUCCAGAGUGCGAUCGAUAGUGUUCCGUUGGUGGAUACCGAUAGUGACGUAGCUGGUGAUGCGAGUGGCUGUGAGGUACGUCUCGAUCAAUCUCGGCUCCUUCUCGACAUCCCUUCGUCCGACUUUGCCCGGUGUGGUGUCAUUCCGUGCGCGACCGUUAGUGGAGGACGCCCGGAACUGUGUCUUCGGAUACGUUUUCCGGCCAUUGCUGGGAUGCGGACUGCGCUGGAUCCGGUUCUUACACUCCAGUGUCGCAUCCAGCAACGUAUCGUUGCCCGGACACACUCGUUGAGGCUCGCGGUGGCGAAUGAUCCUCAGGCAAUCGGACGGAGUGCGAGCUCCACGUCGACGGCAUUCGCUGUCGGUGGUUCCCAGCGUCCUUUUCGAUCGCAGCUCGGUAUCUUUCGGCGUCAAACGGCGGGUAGUAGUGGCUUCACACGACCCCUUCAACCGGGUGGUGCGGUUGUGCUCGGUGAGGAGCUGAUGCUCCGGACACAGGUUUCCGCUGGUGAUGGAUGGAAUUUUACGCGCCUUUCGGACGUGGUAAUGCAACGGCUAUCACCGACCGGGACCGUUCUUAACUCCGCAUCGCUCGUUACUGCCAGCGGUUGCCUGAAUCCGUUGAUGCGUGCCAUCAGCCCCGUGGCGCCGGUGUUUGAGGCACCGCUCGGUUAUCGGCUCGGUUUUCGGGCGGCCAUGUUCCAGGGAAUGCGCAGCGGAGAUGAGAUGAUCCUGCGAGUCCGCAUCAUCGGUUGUGUCGAUCGGCGCGAGUGUCUUGUGGAAAACUGUGCAAUAGCUCGCUCGAAACGAGAAACACUCGAAAAGGACAGCGACGAGACGGAACAGACGACGGCCACGGUCGAUACGACAACGACGGUGGUUCCGUUGCUCACCGAAACGGCUUCGAUCGCGUUCCGCAUAAUGUUGCCCCGGAAUGGUACUUCCGGAGAGGAGCCACUGGAGAGUGAGGGUGAUCAGGAGCGGCUGUCUGCUUCCCAUUCCACACAAUCGCUGCUCUGGAUUACGGUCGGUGCGACCGUGCUGCUCGUCAUCGGUGGUCUGGCGCUGGUGUUGCUGCUGCUCGUCUUACGCCAUCAACAGCGGCGUCCCACUUACGAUGAGUAUCGAUCGGAUUAG